CCUCCUCCCUUCUUUCUUCAAUCCCAGUUUGAUCCUCCAUUCGAUCGCUCUCCUCAGAAUAUCCUGCAGAUGUAUGUGGCAUGAAGAAUCUGAAUAUAAUUGAUGGAAGAUAAAUAUACAGAUGGCUAAAAUGUCUGCUUCCGCCUCUUCAUCGUGGGAGCGUGCUCAACGCCUUUAUGAGAAGAAUAUUGAGUUGGAAAAUCGACGUAGAAGGUCAGCUCAGGCUCGAAUUCCAUCAGAUCCCAAUGCAUGGCAACAAAUACGUGAAAAUUAUGAAGCAAUAAUCCUCGAGGAUUAUGCUUUCUCUGAACAGCACAAUAUUGAAUAUGCUCUGUGGCAGUUGCAUUACAAGCGAAUUGAGGAGCUUAGGGGACAUUUGACUGCUGGUUCUAACAAUGCUCAAGGCGUGCCUACAAGGCCUGACAGAAUUUCAAAAAUAAGAUUGCAGUUCAAAACAUUUCUUUCUGAAGCUACUGGAUUUUACCAUGAUUUAAUAUUGAAAAUCAGAGCAAAGUAUGGGCUCCCUUUGGGUUUUUUCUCGGAGGAUGCAGACAACCGUAUGGCUACAGAUAAAGAUGGAAAGAAGUCUGCCGACAUGAAGAAAGGUCUCAUUUCUUGUCAUCGUUGUUUGAUAUACUUGGGUGAUCUUGCUCGCUACAAAGGGUCAUACGGGGAUGUCGAUUCAAAAAAUCGGGAGUAUACUGCAGCUUCAAGUUACUAUCUGCAAGCAGCAUCACUUUGGCCAUCAAGUGGCAAUCCUCAUCAUCAGCUUGCUAUAUUAGCUUCAUACUCAGGAGAUGAGUUGGUUGCUGUUUAUCGAUAUUUCCGUAGUUUGGCUGUCGAUUCCCCAUUUUCUACUGCCAGAGAUAAUUUGAUUGUUGCGUUUGAGAAGAACCGUCAUAGCCAUUCCCAGCUGUCAGGGACAGCUAAAACUCCUCCGAAGAAGGAAUCACCUAUUCGAUUUAGUGGAAAAGGACGGAAGGGAGAAGUAAAGCUUGCAACCAAAGAUUCUAGCACUGAACCCCCAAAGGAGAGUGCGGUAUCUCCACAAGAUCUUUUUAAAUCCUUUUGCAUUAGAUUUGUUCGUCUAAAUGGAAUUCUUUUCACACGCACAAGCCUAGAGACCUUUACAGAGGUUCUCUCAUUGGUUAUCAGUAAUUUCUCCGAACUUUUGGCUUGUGGACCUGAAGAGGAACUGCUUUUUGGAACUGAUACUGCUGAGAACAGUCUCAUCAUAGUUAGAAUUGUUGCAAUUCUUAUAUUCACGGUCCACAAUGUGAAUAAAGAAACUGAAGGACAGACGUAUUCAGAAAUUGUACAACGGGCUGUGUUGAUCCAGAAUGCACAUCUUGCAGUCUUUGAGUUGAUGGGCUCUAUUCUAGAUAGAUGUUCCCAGUUGCGUGAUCCUUUGUCAAGUUUUUUUCUGCCUGGCCUUCUAGUUUUUGUUGAAUGGUUGGCAUGUUGUCCAGAAAUUGCAGCAAACGGUGAAGUGGAUGAUAAACAGGCAACUGCUAGAUCAAAAUUUUGGAACCUUUGCAUCUCCUUCUUCAAUAAGCUUUUGUCGAGUGGUUCUGUGUCUUUAGAUGAUGAUGAGGAUGAGACAUGCUUUUUUAACCUCAGUAAAUACGAAGAGGGCGAAACUGAAAAUCGGCUUGCAUUGUGGGAGGAUCUCGAAUUAAGGGGAUUCUUGCCACUUCUUCCUGCACAGACGGUAUUGGAUUUUUCAAGGAAGCAUUCUGGAAGUGAUGGCAACAAAGAGAAGGUUGCUCGCAUUAAAAGGAUUCUGGCUGCGGGGAAGGCUUUAGCAAGUGUAGUCAAGAUUGAUCAGGAACCAAUAUACUACAAUUCAAAGAUGAAAAUGUUUUGUACCGGUGUUGAACCUCAAGUGCCAAAUGAUUUUUUCGUUCCAUCGUCUUCUAGCAUGAUUCCUAGUUCAGGCAGUGCAAUUCAAGAAACUCAAGUGGAGAAAACAAACAAUUUGGCUGUCGGUAAGCCAAGUUCACAGCUAGUUUUGGAAGGGGAAGAGGAGGAUGAAGUAAUUGUCUUCAAGCCUUUAGUUGCUGAGAAGCGAAUUGAACUUGCUGAUUCAUACCGGUCAGGUUAUGAGGGUUUGCUACUUGGAAGAAAUUCGUCUGGAGGUGAUCUGAGAUCCUAUGGUGGUGUGAUGACCUCUUCCGAUGAUGUUUACCAAUCAAAUGGUUUUGAGUCGAGUUCUCAAGCACCUGUGACUGCUGCCAAUAUUAACACCCUCCAUUGGCAAACAAUUCAGCCGACUGCAUCCAAAUGGCCACUUGAACAAGAAGCUUGUCUUGUUGACAGCUUGCAAAGUUUGAGGUUAUUGGAGAAUGGGAAUGGGAUGAAAACUGAUCUUCAGAAUGAUGUAACCAUGUUCAAUCCUGCAGCUCACAUGAUGCCUAUCAAGCAAGCUGUUAAUAAUGAUGUUUUUUACAGUGACAAAAAGCCCAUAGGAGCUCUUGUACAAUCUAGGAAUGAUGUGCCUGCCUCCUUUGGAGGCAUCAUUGACCCAAUGACUACAGGUGCAUUUUCUAGCCUUCAAACAGGGUUGAGGAAAAACCCAGUUGGUCGACCAGUUAGGCAUCUUGGACCUCCUCCUGGAUUCAACCAUGUUCCAACUAAGCAUGCUAAUGAAUCCCUUCCUGGUUCGGAGUUUAGAAGUGAGAAUCAGAUGAUGGAUGAUUAUAGCUGGUUGGAUGGAUAUCAGCUGCCCUCUUCUACAAAAGACUCUGCUAAUGCUGUGCAUCUCACCUCUCAUAUGACUGCUCAGCAAAUUGGUGUUAGUAAUAUGUUGAGUGCAACAAUCAACUUCCCUUUUCCUGGAAAACAAGUUCCAAAUGUGCAGUCUCCAAUAGGAAAACAGAAAGGCUGGCCUGAUUUUCAGGUGCUUGAGCAGCUAAGACAACACAAUGAACAACAUUUGCAGCCUCAUCAACAGCUUGUGAAUGGUGGUAACCAACACUUUAGUUCGCUGCCUGAGCAAUAUCCAGGGCAGUCUAUAUGGACAGGUCGUUACUUCAUGUGAUGUCAGUAUGAGAGUAUAGAUGGUCCUUGGGAGUGAUAAUGGUGAUUGUACCACAUCCUGGUGCCAAAUUGAACUCCACCUUUGCUGCUUCUUGAAGAAUUUAUUGGAGCAUUUCUGGCCUUGGAUUUGAGCAGGCACUUGCAACCAUACAGCAAAAUGGCCGAGCUCUUCAGUAAAAGGAGGAAGAGAAAAUUGGGAACGUUGUUCGAUGAGCUGUUGGUAUGGAAGUAAAUUGCCUCGUCAGGUUGGUUUUGGUGGUUAGAAGGUCUUCUUAAGUUCAUCGGGGUUUUAUCUGAAGGAAUUGAUUGGUGAGAUAAGAUGGUGUACUCAGUAAUCUACUUAACUGUCGAGUCUAGCUGUCGAAAUUGCUUUUACUAUCAUCCGAAGGCAGGUGAUGAUAUUAUUGUGCUGCUUGGCAAGUUCUGUCUCUGAAGACUUUUUGGCGUAUUCUAUGCGGGUAAGAAUGAACUACAUUACCUGAACUGCUGGAUGAUGGUGUGGGUUUCAAAAUCUUCAUAUGUUUGGUUUGGAUGACUACACUCUUUGAAUAUGAAAUCAACCCCUUUACUUUCAGUUGUGAAAGAGGGGGUUAGUUAUCAUGCACUAUUUUGUUAUGACUGAGCUGGAAUCUUUAGGAACUUUCCUAGUUUUAAAUUGUUGUCGAUGUCGAGUCGAAAAUAAUUUGUUAAAUGCAUCAGACGUAUUUGCUGGUUACUAAUGUACUAUUCUGGUUUCUCUCUUUUUUC